UGAUGUAUCCCUGGGCCUGGGUUCACUGUUCUACACAUUCGUGCAAUCCCGUCAGUAAAAACUUGUCUCACGAAAAUUUACUCGGUAUCUUUAAUUUUUUUUCAUAUAUUUUUCCUCCAUGUUGUUUUUUUUUUUAAAUUUUUAAAACAUUUUUUACAAGUGUUUUUGUGAUAUGUAAUUUUAAUACAAGUGUUAUGUCGUUUAUUGAGUUGAUUUUUUUUGGAGUAUUGUUAGUCAACUAGUCCAAACAUUAAGUGUAUACAUUUUUACAAUUUAAGACGCUACGGGGCCAAAGCCAGCCUUCAGCUGUUACCUCCACCCAGGAGUGUAACAACUUUUUUUUAUUUAAUAAUUUCGAGGGAGAAUUUUGGCCAGAAUAUUACACAUCUAGUCUCACCAAAUGAUAAUAUUCAUAAAUUUAAAUCAAAUAAUUCUACAUUUGAUUUAAAAAAACAUAAUUCUUUUUUUUUUUUUUUUUUACAACUUGAACUGACUAUUAAUUUUAAAAAUUUAAUGAUAAUAACAAAUGUAAAUGUUAUAUUUAAAAAAAUUCACAUGACUGUAUAAUAAUCGUUAGAUAUAAUAUAAAAAAUAUAUAAAAAAAUAAGGAUAAAUCAAUUGAAAAGAAAAGAAAAGAGAAGAGAAAAAAAAAACAUAUAAGCAAUGGAAACACAAGCGUUACAUGUAACAGAGACAAAAACAUUGUCAUCAUCUUUAAUGUCAAAUACAGAAAAAUGUAUUGAUAAUGAUGAAAUAACACCUGAAAUGGAGGAUCAACUAUUGAGUGAUAAUUUCUCAGAGGAUCAAGUUUUAGAGGAUGAAGAUGAUGCACAAUCUGAGGGUAGUAUACGAUUAAGAUAUUCUGAUGUUGAAGCUGAUGAUGAUGAAAAUGCUGAUAAAUCAAGUGGUGCAUCUGAAUCAGCUCUUAAUAAUCCCUUAAAAAAAAUUCAUGAUGACAUGGCUAACGAAUCAUCAGUUGUCAGAGAUGAUAAUUUAAUACCAAUAUAUACAAAUGGAAUAAAUGAUGAUUUGGAUAAAAUUGAUUUUACCGAAGAUGAUACAUUAUUGGGAAUUAAUUUUUGUAAUAAUGAUGAUAAUGAAAAUGACUUGCUAUCAGUUAAAGAAAUAAUUGAUAAAACUAUAACUCUAAAUCAAUUUUCACAAUCAGCAUAUGAUAAUUCUUGGAGAUUAGGUGGUAAAUCAUCACGUUAUCGUCAUAAAAAUUAUCAUAAUUUUUUGCGUAUAUCAAAUUUUAAACAAUUACAAAAUAAUUCAUAUAUACCUGAUACAUUAAAUUUAAAUUAUUACAAUAUACGUAAAACUUGUGAACGUUUAAAAAAUUCAACUAAUGAAAAUGUUAAUUCAAAUGAUAAAAAAGUAUAUUUAAAUAAAAAAAAUACAAGUUUAUUACCACCAUCAUCAUCGUCAUCAUCAUCACCACCGAAAUUUAUGACAAAAAUAUUUCCUCCAAUUUCAAAAAUUCAAACUAAUGAUAAUGUAAUUAUUAAAUCUAAAAAUGAUAUGAUUGAUGAAAAAUUAGAUAAUCCAAAAAAUAAUAUUUCAAAUGUAGAUAUAAUUGAAAAAAAUAACAAAAUGACUGAUAAAAAUUUUGAUCAAGGUACUGAUGAAAGUACAGAUUCUUUACAAUUUGAAUUACCCAAAAAACAAGUCAAUGGUAUUUUAGAUAAUAUAAAUAUUGAUAAAUCACAAUUGGUUAAUAAUAAAAACACAACAACAGCAACAACAACAACAACAGAAGUGACUGUAAGUAGUUCUGAUGAUAUUGAAAAGAAUCCAAAUAAAAAUGUUGAAAUCAUAACAAAUGGUGUUGAGAGUACAGAAGUCGUGGAAAAUAUUGAUACUAAAAAUGACAAUACGGAAAUUGAAGCAACUAAAACAGAUGAAUCAUCAGAUUCCGGUUUUGUAUCAACAUCUGCAUCUGUAACUGAAAAUGAUGAAAUUUUAAAAGAUACAAAUGAAGAAUUAAUAAAAGAUAAAAUAGUUAUUAAUGAACAACCACCAAUAUUAACACCAGAAAUAGAAAUUGAGCAAGAAAAUAAAAAUAAUAAUGUUAAUGAAAUAAUGGAAAUUAAUAAUUCUGAAAUAAUAGUAACAGAAAUAAAUAAAAAUGAAGAGUGUAUUCAUGUAUUGGAACGUGAAGAACCCACAUUAAAUGUAUCAACUAAUGAUUUAGAAAAAACUGAAGAGACAAUUAUUACUGAUGAUUCAAAACUUGUUGAGUCAAUGGAUAUUGUUACAAUUGACGAAGUAACAGUUGGAUCAAACGUUGAAAAAAUAGAUAAAAUUGAAGAAAAAUCAAAUGAUGUUGAUGUAAAAACAACAAGUAGUGAUAAUGAAAAAGUAGAUAUGAUUGUUGAUGAUCAGGAAUCAAUUGGCACAUCAAAUAAUGAAAUUUCAGUUAUCAAUCAAGAACAACAGGUUGAUUCACCUGAUGGAUCAUCUAAACAACAGUGUAAUAAACGAAAAAGAAAAUCAAUUAAGACUAUUGGUGAUUCACUUGACCCAGAAAAAGAAAAUUUACGUUUACGGGUUAAACGUGAAACAGCACAAAAAGCUGAAGAGUUAAUACGUAAAGAUAGUCAAAUGGCAAAUGAUGAUUCAGAUAGUGAUAGUUAUGAUAUUAAAAUAAAACCAACAACAUCACCAAAUUCAUUAAAACGAACAAAUGAAAUGACAGAUUUAAUUGAUAAUAAACGUUUAAAAAUUGAUAAUAAAAUUGAGCCAAAAAUUGAAAUUAAAACAGAAACAUAUUUAACAAAUAGAAAAAUAAAACCAUUUACAAAUUUACGUAAAAUAUUAUUACGUGAUUGUAAACAAAAGCUAACAAAUAUGAGACAAGAAGAUCUUGAAGAAUUAUUAAUACAAAAAAUUAUUGAAACAAUAACAAUGCGUGAUGAAAUUGGUAAAUUACGUGAACAAGCAAAAUUAUCUGAACGUGCUAAAGAAUUAUCACAACAAAAAUGUGCAUCAUUAGCUAAACAAAUUAAAGAUUUUGAAAUGAUUAUAAAUCGUUAUGCAAGUGAUCGUGAAAAAAAUCCAGAUAUAUAUCUUGCACCAACAAAAAUUAAUCGUUCAGUUGGUUUACAAGUAAAUUUUUUAACUGAUCGUGGUGUACAAAAUUUACGUCAAGUUAAUAAUAAAAUAUCACAACAAAAUACAACAACAAUUAAUAAAAAUAAUAACAUAAAUAAUCAUGCCAAUAAUAAUAAUAAUAAUAUGAAUAAUAUAAAUAAUAAUAAUAAUAGAUUAAUAAAUAAUUCAUCAACUCAAGUUAUUGUUAGUGGUGUUUCUAUGAGUGGUGGUAAUAUGAGUACAACAGUAACAUCAAUGCAAAUUGAUGAUUCAAAUGUACAAUUACGUAAAGGUAUUAAAAUAAGAUCACCAAGACGUGGUGGUGAUGUACAUCCACAAGUUAUUGCAAAUAUACAAAAUCAAUUACCAAAUCAAAUGAAUAUUAUUAAUUCAAUAACAUCACCAAUUGUUGUACCAAAAGUAAAUGAUACAAGAAUAACAAUUGCUCCAACAAAUUCACCAACAGCACAAUCUAAUAAUAAUAAUAAUAAUACAUCAAUUAUUGUUAAUGGAAAUUCACCAAAUAUACAAUAUCGUCAAACAAGAAAUACAACAAUAAACAAUCAAAAUAAUAAUAAUAAUAAUAUCAAUAAUCGUACAAGUAUAAAUGGUGAAAAUUUAAUUGAUUUAACUGAAGAGGAAGAAAAAACAAAAAUAUUAUCUGGUCCACCUGCAUUGACUGCACUUGUGGCACCAGUAACUACCUCAACAACUUUGCCAAAAAAUCAACAACGUCAAACAAGAAUGAUACCAUCAAAUUCAUCAGCACAUGUUACAAUUUCUCAGCCAAAUAUUCGUGUUGUUACUGGACAACAAGGACAACCUACUGGAAUAGUUAAUAAUGUUAAUGGACAAAGGGUAAUAUUUAUGCAUCCAGGUGGUUCACCUUCACGACAACUUAUUUUAACAUCAGCUGCAUCAACGUCACGAACGAGUGUUGUUACUGCAGCAAGUUCUUCAAGAAAUUCAUUCAUCAACAUAGCACCAAGUGGUAUAACAACAGUUCCUAAAACUACUCCAGUAAGAGUUAUGCCUGGUGCCAAUCCACCAGUACAAUUAGUCAAGGUAAAUCAUCCAGCACCACUUCCAGCCACACCAACACAUACACAUAAUCCAUUAUGGAAAAUGUCACCACCUGCACCUUCGUUAAAAAUAUCAAAAGUAACACAUGGAAUUGUGUUGUCUUGGAAUAUGAUACUGUCUGAUAAAUGUGCUGAUAUAGCAAGCUACCAAUUAUUUGCAUACCAAGAAAUAUCAACAACACCACCAAGUUCAAGUCUUUGGAAAAAAGUUGGUGAUGUUAGAGCAUUACCAUUGCCAAUGGCAUGUACACUAACACAGUUUUUAGAGGGAAAUAAUUAUUAUUUUGCUGUGAGAGCUGUUGAUUGUCAUGGAAGACUUGGCGAAUUUAGUCUACCAGGAAAUAUAACUCUUUAAAUUAUUUAAAUAAUAAUAAAAACAUCAAAGUGUUUGGCAAAAAUGUCUCGUUUAUAGAAAAAAAAAAAAACUCGUUUUCCAUUGGGUAUCAAUGUUUGAUUUGAAAAAUUAAAUAUAUAUAUCCAAUUUUAUUUAUUUGUAAAAGAAUAUAACGAUUUAAAAAAAAAUAUUAGUAAAUGAUUAAAAUUUAUAAUAAGGAUUAGUAAUAACAAUAGUAAUUAUAACAAAAAGAGAAAAUAUGAGUUGUAUUUAAAAAACAUUUACAAAAAUCAUAAAAAAAAAAAAAAUCUAUUAAUAUGUGUGCGAUCAAUAUAGUUUGUAAAUUAUGUAUAGAUAAUGUCAUUUAUACUUAAUUUUUAUUAACUUGUUUUUAAUGUAUUUUUUUUGUUUUGUUUAACUGGAGCAUUGUCUUUUUAUUUUCCAUUAAAUCUAGUUUGUUUUUGAUAAAAUAACAAAAAUCUGUUGUACUGCCGCUACAAUCCUUGUGAUAAAAAUAAAAAAAAGGAACUUUAGUUGCUUAAGU